AUGAGCUUUGAUCAUCUUCCACUAUUUUCGCGGCCCUCGACGCUGGUAACGAAGGUACUGUCGCCUUCUAUUCCUCCUUCAUCAGCGUCGGAGGCGGAGAAUUCAGAGCGUGGCGUGGAUGAGGGAGGAGCGGACGAAAACGAUCAGGUUGUGGUCGAGACGGUGGAGAAUUCAGAGCGUGGCGCGGAUGAGGGAGGAGCGGACGAAAACGAUGAGCAAUCCAUCUCCAUCGACACAUCCUCCACCUCCCUCCUCGCAACCUUCAUCACCUCCGGCCUCUUCCGCGGCGCUCUCCCCGCCACCCGUUUGCUCAAAUGCGCCACCGACGCUUCGAACCUCCCCCUCGCCCAACUCAUCUUCGCCCAGAUCCAAUCCCCCGACGCGUUCUCCUACAACGCCCUCAUAAAGGCGCUCGCCUUGAGCCCCCACCCACUCAUUUCGCUCUGCUUCUACCGCGGCAUGCUUCGUCGGGGCCUCUCCCCCAACGAGUACACGUUCUGCUUCCUGCUCGACUGCUGCGCCCGCGGCCUCGCCCUGCUGGAGGGGCGCCAGGUCCACGCCCACGUCGGCAAGCGCGGGCUCGCCGCCGCGCUCUUCGCCGGCACGUCGCUCGUCCACAUGUACGGCGACUGCGGCGCUCCCGCGGAUGCGCGCCGGGCGUUCGACGAAAUGCUGCAGAGGAGCGGCGUCUCGUGGGCCGCCGUGGUCGAUGCGUGCGUCGGAUGCGGCGAGCCCGCCGGCGCGCUGCGGCUGUUUCGGGAAAUGAGGGGCGCGGGCGUCGAGCCGAAUAACGCGGCGCUCGUUGGCGCUCUCUGUGCUUGUGCCGAGAUAGGGAACUUGGCCGCGGGCCGCGCUGUGCAUGCCCACGUUGUCGUGAGGGGGCUGGAGCUCAACGUGACCCUCGGGACGAGCCUUGUCGAUAUGUACUCGAAGAGCGGAGCGAUCGAUUCGGCUACGGCGGUGUUCUUACUAAUGCCGGUAACAAGCGUGGCUUCGUGGAAUUGCCUAAUCCACGGAACGGCAAUAAACGGCCGAGGCGAUAAAGCGGUGAGCUUGUUCGAAAAGAUGAAGCACAAAACCGAUGUGCGGCCGAACAAAGUCACUUUUCUCAGCGUCCUCCACGCGUGCAGCCAUUCAGGGCUCGUCGAAGAAGGCGUCAAGUUUUUUGCGGAAAUGAGUAGUAGAAUGUACAACAUUGUACCGAGUAUCGAGCAUUACGGGUGCAUGGUCGAUCUCUACGCGAGAUCGGGGAGGCUCGACGACGCCAUGGGGCUCGUAAAAGCAAUGCCUAUGAAACCGGAUAUCGGAAUAUGGGGGUCUUUGAUUGUUUCAUGUCGAAAUCACGGAUACAGGGACGUGGAGACGCCGUUGGCGGCACAAAUUCUCAAGUUGGCGCCCGACGAUACAUGCGGGUACCUGUUUUUAUCCGACGCAUUCGCGAAGGAGAGGAGGUGGGAGGAUGUGAUUGGUGUGAGGAAGAUGAUGAGGGAGAUGGAUGUUAGAAAGGUUGCUGGAUCAAGCUCUAUUGCAAAGUGGUUUUAG